GAUGUCGUGGUAUGUACCAUGUUGGCGUAAAGUAGGUCGUGCAGGUAGAUAUAUAUCUCUGUUGUUCAUAUCUGCUUCAUGUCAAUUCAUCACGCACCAUUCUCUUUACUGCAUCAUACGCGAAACAUCACAGGAAGUCGUCCGAAGUGAAGAACGCCAACCCGCUCCGACAAGAUGGGCAUCUUCGACAGCAGCAGCAACCAUACCUGCAAUAUGCCAUCGAGCUUUACCGCCGAUGCGCCAGAUCCUAUAGUCGGCAACUUGUCAUUCCACCAGCUCAACAUGGCAAUCUCGGGAGGGUGCGCCGCGUUCUCUACCCUCUCCAUCUCUAUCCUCAUGUUCCGCCAUGCCACCCAUUUCAGCAGGCCAAAUGAGCAGAGCAAAAUCCUGAAAAUCUGCGCCCUGAUCCCCAUCUACUCGAUACUAUCGUUCCUCAGCAUAGCCUUCCCCAAUACCUACAUCUACCUCGAUCCUUGGAUCGAGUUCUUCCAGGGUAUCGCUUUGGGCAGUUUCUUCCUCCUGCUCUGCGAGUUUGUCUCUCCGAGCGCCUCCUCGCGAGAUGUCUUCUUUGCCGCUUUGCAAGUUCCUAAGAGCCGCUUGAGCCGUGGCGGCAAGCAGCCUGUAGACGGUCUGGAAUGGUACAGGAAGAAGUGGUUCGCCGUCUUCCAAUAUCCUAUCAUAGCCCUGGGCGUGGCGAUUGCAACCGACAUCACACAAGCCGCCAGUGUCUACUGCUUGGAGAGUAGUAGCAUCCAUUACUCUCAUCUCUGGCUCGAGAUCGCAAGCAACGUCUCACUCUCCUUCGCCAUUACCAGUGUCGUCAAAUUUUACGCCGCCCUCAAAAAGGGCCUGAAACACCACAAGCCACUCGCCAAGUUCCUCGCAUUCAAGCUCAUCAUAUUCCUCACAUUUCUCCAGAGCAUCAUCUUCUGGAUCCUACGCUCCACUCACACCCUCAAAGGAACCAACCAGCUUACGUGGGCGGACGUCAACUUCGGCAUUCAAACGAUGAUUGUAUGUAUCGAGAUGGUGCCCUUUUCAAUCUUCUUCCACUGGGCGUACGAUGUCGCGCCGUACGAUCUGUCCAAGGCUCGUCCGCUGCCUUUAGCGCAGAUGGGCGGUCAGGGCGGUACCAGCAGUCCUCAUGAUCCGGAGACUGGGUCCCAAGGUGUGGAUCAGUACCGGAUGGAACAGCAGAAGAUGCAGCACGACUACUAUAAUCAGCCUGGUGGAUAUUACGGCGGAUUCAUGGGCAGUAGGGCUUUGUUGACCGUUGUCAAUCCUAUGGAGAUUGUGAGAGCGAUUAUGUUUGGCUUCUCGAUGAGAUCGGAGUCGAAGACGAUGAACGACAGAUAUGUUGGCGGCGUACCUCCUGUUUAUCAGGGCGGACCGAAUGAAUACUGACGACAUUAUAUCCAGGACUGGAUCGAUAGAGAAAAGGUCAUGACAUCCAUAUUGUUUACUUCCAUUACUAGUUUG